UAUAUAUAUAUAUAUAUAAUAUAUUAGAAGAGAUAAUUUGAAUCCCGAUAGAGAAUUAUACUUAAAAAAAAAAUAAAAGAAUGUAUCAUAUAUUUACGAACUAUGUUUGUCAUAUAAAAAUUUAGAAAUAUAUAUCUCUUUUUAUCUAAUUACAUUAUUUAUUCGGAUUCGGCUAUUUAGGCUAUGUUGUAUUAUGAAAACAACUGUGAUAUUAAACAAAAUUUGUUUAAUCACUAUAUUGAACCAAACUAUUUUUAUUUACAACGAUCGUUUUUUUCUUAUUCGCUUUUAUUCGAAUUAUUAUAUUUUAUCUAUCUUAUAUUCGAAUAUGGUUAAAGUAUUUUGGAAAAUUAAUUCAAAGUCACGUGACCAUUGUUAAGAUGAUAACCAAUCACGUUUCAAUCGCCAUGUUGUUCCCAUCAUUGACGUCAAGAUACUCAGCCUGUUUCAUCAUCCCAUUUUUCACAAUUUUCUUUAACAAACUAUCAUCCUUAAAAUGAUACUUAUUAGUGAUAUUAUGAAUGACUCAGUGGAACAAUAGCAUAUACUAGAAUAUAUAUAAAAAUGUCUUCUAUUAAUGUAAAUGAAAUUCAAAUUUACGAGGACGAAAUCAAAGAAUAUGACAUUUUAAAAAAAAUCAUUACCACUUAUGACCAAGAAGAUGCAUUUUAUAUAUUAGAUCUUGGUAUUAUAAUGAAAAAGCAUCAAGAUUGGAUUGAAAAAAUGCCAAGAAUUGUACCGUACUAUGCUGUAAAAUGUAAUUCUAAUCCAAUGGUGAUUAAGCUUCUGGCAGCUAUGAAUGGGAGUUUUGACUGCGCAUCGAAGCAAGAAAUUCAAGAAGUUAUGCAGCUGGGUAUAUCGCCAGAUAGAAUAAUCUUUGCUAAUCCCACAAAGUGUCCGUCUCAUAUAAUAUUUGCUAAAAGUUUCGGUGUCAAAAAAAUGACAGUAGAUGGUAGAUUAGAACUUCUUAAAAUUAAAAGAUUGUUUCCUGAAGCAAAAAUAAUUAUUCGCUUUCGAUGCGACAGCAAUUCUUUUGCUAAAUACGUCAAACUUGGAAUCAAAUUUGGAUGUGAACCGGUUGAUGAAGCAAAAGAAUUAAUACAACUUGCAAAGGAUCUAGAUUUAGUGUUAUAUGGAUUUAGUUUCCACGUUGGUAGCCCAUGUAAAGAAUUCGAUGCAUAUAUACGUGGAAUUGAAGUAUGUAAAGAAUUAAUUACUUUUGCAAAAUCGAUAAGAUGCGAAGAUAUCAAGUUAAUUGAUAUUGGAGGCGGUUUUCCUGGAGAAAGUGAAUAUCAAAUCGAUGAGCUUUCAUGUACAAUUAAUGAUGCGAUCAAAGAAAUAGAUCCUACUAUAGAAAUUAUAAGCGAACCAGGUAGAUACUACGUAACAGCUGCAUUUACUUUGGCUGGCUAUUUACAUUCUAAGAGAACUGUAUCUAAUGGAAAUAGUGUAAAACAGAUGUAUUAUGUUAACUGCGGAGUUUAUAGUGGGUUUAUAGAAGAAUUGUUGAAUUUGAAUUCACGUCACCCAAUCUCUCUGUUCAAACCUGUAUCUGAUAAAGAAUAUCUUUCUACGAUAUGGGGACCGACUUGUGAUUCUUGUGAUUGCAUCAUCAAAGAUGUACUAUUACCAGAAUUUUAUAUAGGAGAUUGGCUUGUUUGGAAAGACAUGGGUGCAUAUACAACUUCUAGAGUUUGUGAAUUUAAUGGGUUUCUGCCGCCGAUAGUUCAUUCAUUUAUCAGAAAAAGUCAAUGGAAAGAUUUUUGUGCCAUUACUAAAUGUGAUAUAAAUAAUUGAUUAUAUAGGACAGAAUUGAUGAUCUUAAUACCGAUAAAAAAUAUAUUUAAAAUAAAAUAAUUGAAUGUUCCUUGUAUUAGAAACACUUAUACGUCUACUAUAUUUGUUAGUUAAAAAUUUAAUUAAAAACGUAUUUUAUUUUAUUUGACUAUAUUAGACACUCGAAUUAAGCUAUUGUAUUAUAUUAUAUCGUUCAUUCCAAUGGACUAUAUUGUACUAUGAAGAUAAUUGUAAUUUUUUAAAAAACAUUUUUAAUUAUUUCAUACUUUUAUUUUUAUUUUUAAUAAAGACUUUUUUCUUAUGAACUAUUAUGUAUUCAAAUAGAUUAAAAAUAUCUUCAAAAAUCUAUUUGAUGAUGUAGCUUGUCCGCUCCUAAGACCAUAACGGAUCAUGUUUCAAUCGCCAUAUUGUUUUUAUCAUCGGCAUCAUUAUAAUCAGCUAUCCUGUUUCAGCAUCUGAUUUUUUAGUUUUUAUUAAUAAAUUAUUAUCUUUGCAAAUACGUUUAUGCAAAUAUAAUAUUAUUAUUCGAUUUUUAUUCGAGUUUUGAAUAAUGCGUACCUGAGUAAUAGAAAACGUUUUUUAUCACAAAUUAAUUAUAUGUGUUAAUUAUAAUUAUUAUCGUAUUGAAAUAUAAUCAGCAUAAUUUAAUAUUAUAAUAAUGAUUUUUCAAGAAAACAUAUUUAUUUUAUAAAAUACAACAUUUAUUAUUUCAAAC